UAACUCCCAUAAGUAUGAUUCGUUUGGAACCGCAAUAGCCGGUGAACAUUUCCUGGGGAGGAUGGCAUUUACGAACGUUUUUUAUGGCAAGCUCUUCAAACUCACAUGCUAAUUUCUUCAGGAAUACAUGGCAAAUUCUGCAAAGAAGGGAUUUUGCUGUGUAACUUGCCGUGUUUGCUUGAAGAAAUUGGCAUGUUCCUGCAACAUAAAAUGACAUGAAAAAACAGUCGCAAAUGCCAGCCUUCAUUGGAACGUUCGGUGAAUAGCAUUACCGUUCGCUUUGUGUAAGAACAUUUGCCAAGAUUUUCCUAAUGCAAUGUGCAAACACAUAACCACCAUUCGUUCCGUACAAACGACUCCAACUUUUCUUAAGCAGACGGAAGAAUGAUGAUGAGCGGAGGGAAAACAAACUAUCGAAGGCCCACUAAUCCAAAUCGUAGAAAAGUAUAAUACUCCUACGAGGCAGGACCGCAGCAGUAGAGUAGUGUAUGAUGCUUCAGUGUUCCAGAAAAGAAAAAAAAAGAUUAAUUAGAAUGGGGGAAGAAUCCAACACCAAUUGGCCACAUUAUGAUUGUAGCCUUGCACAAUCUCCCGGCACAGGUAUAAAUGAGAAGCAGCCAUGGACGCCAUGGGCCUCGCGUGCUGACAAAGCCACACUUAUAAGCCACGGACAACACGCCGCCUCCUCAGCAGCCGCGCCACAACCGAGGCACCCACGCAGACGCAGCCCAACCCGAGAGCAGAGCAGAGAAGGAGAUAGAGAGAGAUUGAUCGAUGUCUUCCACAUCAGUUCCGCCGCCGCCGGUGCCGCUGGCGCCGGAGCGGAGGGUGCCCGUGGUGGUGCCGGUGGUGCCCCACUUGGCUGAGGGAGGAGGAGGUGGGAGCGGGGACGAUGCGCGCGGGAGCGGGGGCAUGGCGGGGAUAUCGCCGAGCAUCCUUAUCAUCGCCGUAAUCGUGGUGGUGAUGCUUCUGGCGUCCAUCUCCAUCCACUACUUCAUCCGCAGUCUCUGCCGCCGCUCCUCCUCCUCCGCCUCGGGGUCCUCCGCGCCGCCGCUCCCGCUCGUGGCGGUCCGCAGCUCCGCGGUGGCCCCGGCGGCGGCGGCGCCCGUGGCCGACCAGGGGAAGGAGGCGGCCGCGGAGAGGGAGCGGCUCAUCGGGCGGCUGCCGCUCUUCACGCUGGCGUCGUCCCUCGCCGCGCUGCCCAGGUCGUCCAGGGACUGCGCCGUGUGCCAGUGCGUGUUCUGCGCCGACGACGAGCUCCGCCUCCUGCCGGCGUGCCGCCACGCGUUCCACUCCGGCUGCGUCGACCCGUGGCUCCGCGCCAACCCGUCCUGCCCUCUCUGCCGCGCCUCCAUCGCGCUCCCGUACCCGCCGCUCCCCGAGCUCCUCCGCGUCGAGCUCGGUAGCGUCAGCAGCCGCCGCUCCACUUCCUCGUCCUCCUCCGCGGCCGUCGCCGCAGCGCCGCCAGAGGGAGUCCGCGCGUACCCGCUCCCCAACUCCAACACCAACACAGAGUACCUCGUGGAGGAGGACCUCCAGGUGGUCCUCAAGCCACCCAGCGCCGCCAACCCGGCGCCACCGCCGCCACCCACGGCUCGAAUUACCGGCGAGCCGAGCCAGCAGCUGGCAGCCGCGGCGGAGCGCGCGCUGUCGUCGUCCGUGACGCCGACAGCGUCGUUCAGGUCGGUGGGGCGUUCCAGCAGCAGGUGGAGCAACCGGUGGAGCAGCCGGUGGAGCAGCGGGCGGUGGAGCAGCCGGUACGACGCCGGGAGCGUGACGGCCGCCGCCACGGCCGAGUGGUGGUGGGACAUGGACGGCGGGGUGGCGCCAGCGUCGCGGCGGGCCGAGUCCGAGGACGGCAGCGCGUUCUACGGGUUCGUGCGGUGGCUGACGGGAGCAUACUAGUUACCUAGUAAACAGCGCGUUCCAACGGCGGGACAAGCUCCGGCCUCCGGCGCCGCAGCCCCAGCGAGCCGGCCGGCGACGCGCAUGCAGUGUAAUCUCCAAACUGCCCCUAAACCGGAUGGAUUCUGAUGCCGCUGCCGCUCUCUCUGCUCGCCUCUGCUUUUGGGCAUCCGCGACCUUCUCUCUCUUGGUUUCUUUUGGGUGCCGUACGGAUUACAAAACUGGCUCCGACUUGGAGAAUGUCGGCGGGAAGGCUGAGGAAUUCGUUCGCUCGGGGACUUUGAGGCGAACCUCCCCUCCGCUUCCUUCCUUGAAACGAAACGAAAAUACCACGUCUUCCCAAGCUUUCAGCUAGUGUACUACUCCUACUCUAGUACGUACUGCAUUUUGAUUUGAGUUGUACUCCUAUACUGGACAGUUUGUAAUUUUCAUUCCAUUGGUCA